AUGGCUGCAUUGAAGAAGUUGUUCCAUAAGGACAAGAACCUUGCUCGUCCAGCAACCAGCCUCGGACUCGGGGAUUAUGACGUGGACGAGCCUUACUUUCAUACGGCGGUUGAUUCGCCCGCACGCAGUCACUUCGAGUUCCCCUCCAGAGACUCAAAUUCACCAGACGUGGCUCAUCUUUUCGAUCAGAUCGAGAACCAAUUUGAAGAUCUACAUGAUCGAUUGACACGGCCGACAUCUUUCCAGUCCCAAUUGCCUCAUGACAACCCUCAUAAUCCGGCCCCCAAAUCUCGAAAUGGCCGCCAUAUCGACUUGAUGGAUGCCUUAUAUUCUUCAGAAAAUCAACAUCAGUCCGCGAUCUCAGAACCGCUCUCUGCUCCUGCCAGUCCAAGGUAUAACGAAGACGUUGCGGAACGAAAUAUGACCCGGUUCCUGCGAAUUCAGAACCGGAACGGAGUUGCCAGCUCGCGGAUACUCUCAGCUCUGUACCAGGAGGAUGUGGCAGACAGAAAUAUUGCCAAAUAUAGCGGCCCUGAUCGCACCUUGUCGAGCUUGAGUUGUCGGUCAUCGCCAGCUGCACCUGGUAGAGUACGGAUUCCAGAAAGCGAACGGCGCAAAGCUAGAAAUCGGGAUCCGGGGAAGCACUCUUGGGUGUCAGCAGAUGAUUUACGGCGCAAAGUCUCUCAAGAUCGUAAGCCGGGUUCUGCACUGCAACGUCCACAGUCCCACCAUGGCCUUCGAUCACAAAGAUCAGCGCCGAGCCUGGCUGCAGAUGCAGAGGGCUCUGUUUCACAAGAAGAUGCACCGCCAACUCCUCCAGCUGUUCAGCGGUUGGGUGUUCCUCCUGCCUAUAAGCAAGGCAAGAGAUGGAGCAAUACUCCCCUACCUGAUAGCCCUACCAUACCUAUUCCUGGAAGCUUCGGUGGAGGCGCUGCCGAGGCUCCCUCGGUGCCACGACCACUACGACCCCCUGUUCCGUCAUCUCGCAGCUCAUCUUUGACACCAAUAUCGCGCUCUCCACCACCUUCAUCGGGACCCGGCUCAAAAAAGAACGCACGAGGGCUUUCGAUCAACACCCAAUUGGCUGCUACAGGACGUCCCAAGAUUGGCCACCGCGCCAUCCAACCGCCAACCCCAUCAACAUACGAAGGGAAACAAACUCCCAGCAUCGCAGAAGUGAUGAACAGUCCUUUGCCGGUUCCCACCCCUAUCACUCCCUCCAAGUCAUCUCCCCGCUUCAAAGCCUCGGAAUUGAUGGGGCUUUUCAGCAAGGCCUACAGAUCCGCCCAGGGCUCUCACCCAACCUUCGAGACGUUACAGGAUGCCAUCGUCCGCGAAAUCAACUCUCACGAGGCAUUCCGACGAGUCCCAAAGCCAGCCCCAGGCCCCCCAUUCACCCCGCCAUCAGACCAAGACGAGUUCGGCAACACCUCAAGACCAGCAACAGCACUCCAGCGAACCUCCUCAACAAAGAGCCGUCUCACGAAGAAAACCUCAUUCAGACACAAGCGAACCCCAGAGACCCGCCGCAGCAUCUCAACAACCGUCGGAUACGACCGACUCCUCCGCAGAGUCUCCGGCUCCCCAGCUCCUCCCCGUCGACACACCGACGCCCCGCCCCCAACCCCAGGCCUCCUGGCCGAAUUCCAACGCAAAGAAUCAAUCAUCACUCGCCCCGGCUCCGGCGAGCCAAUUACCUACAUGGACGUCCUACACGCAAGCAGCGAACAACGUGCCACAAAACCCCGCCAUCGCGCCAUAUCUUCCGUCUCCCGUAAAGCCCGCUCGGAAUCCGUCGGUAACCUCGCUGUCAUGGCCCGCUCUGCUCCCGAUGUUCCAAUGCCCUCGGCAACGGUAUACUGCUUGCAAGCACACUCAACCCCGUCAAGAAACGACUCGCACGAGGACAGUGACGACGACAUCAUACCGCUACCUAGCCCAAGUAUGCCUCGCGUGCAGAUCGAGGGCGUCGACGAGAAUAACGUCCGCUACGUGAUCGACGCGGCGUCCGUUGACGAUGCGCAGAAAUUCAUGUACUGGCCUCAGCGGGCGCGAAACGGCGUUACGUCUAAUCCCUAUGGGAAUAGUUUGUCGCCUUUGUCACGGGCAAGAAUGCAGCUGCGUGGUUCGCGCUCUGUUGAGAUUUAUUAG